AUGGAACCAAACUCUACUUCAACAACAAAUGCAACUGCAAAAAAUGCUAGAAGGCGAAGAAAGCUUAUUUUAGCUCAGCGUCGACGCACGCGUAAAAAUUGGACAGGAAAACUACCAACUGUCUUGCUACAAACAGCUCCAGUUACCAUGGGUAAACAAACACAUGCGCAGAAUCGUACUAUAUUUGAAACUGGGCAAACUUCAAAUUCUGCUUCUAUUGCUAGGAAGAGGAGGAAGAUCAUUUUGGAUAACAGGAACAAUGGCUGCAGCAAAACACUUAAUAGAACAUCGCAUGUUGACACCACUGCCAAUAACACGUUUGAUACGGACUCUAACUCUGAAGAUGAUGUGAACCUGGGGGAUUCUUCUUCUAAUGAUGAUGAAAGCAUUGAUAAUGACGAUGUUGUCGACUCCCUUUUAGAACAGUACUCUGACAUAGGAGAUAGAGUUUGGGAUUGCCCAUUUUGUCAUGCAUCCAUGUGGUAUCAGGAACGCAGAGACAAAUCACGGCAUACGACUAUUCCUAAGUUUCACCGGUGUUGUCGGAGUGGAAAACAUCUACUACAUGAUAAAAAUGGUCCAGAGAGUAAGAACUACCAAAGAAACCUUCGCACUUAUAACGCCAUGUUUUCGUUUACUUCUCCAGGGAUGAAAUUUGACGACACCGUUGCACAUGGGGGAGGACCACCUACUUUACGACUUCACGGUCAAACAUGUCAUCGUAUAGGGACGUUGAUGCCGGAUGUUGGACAGCAUCCCCAAUAUACUCAACUAUAUAUAUAUGACACCGACAAUGAAGUCGAUAACAGGAUGAAAUGCUUCGGGGACAAUGAUGUUCUCAGCAGGGAUAUUGUUCUUAAGUUAAAGGAUAUGUUGGAUGAAUGCAAUCCCCAUGCAAGGGCAUUUCGAAUGGCAAGAGAUCUUUUGAGAGGAAAUGAGUUCUUAGACUUGAAGAUACGACUAAUCAGUGAUAGGGCUGAAGAUGGCCGUGUAUACAAUACACCAACUGUGUCAGAGGUGGCUGCUCUGAUCGUUGGUGAUAUUGAUCCCACAACACAGAGAGACAUAAUCGUCCAUGCACGCAAUGGCCAUUUGCAAAAAAUUACAGAAUUUCAUCCUGCUUACUUGGCCUAUCAAUACCCGCUCAUUUUUGUUUAUGGGGAGGAUGGAUAUAGGAAAAAUCUACUGCACAGGUAUGAACACGAAGCUGAGUUUAACAGGAAGAAUCGCCAAUCAAUCAAAGAUUGGCUGUGUUUUCGUUUGCAGGAGCGCAAAGCUGAGGCAAAGACAUUGCUUCACUCAAGACGGCUUUUUCAACAGUUCUUGGUCGAUGGGUUCGCAAUGAUGGAAUCAGAACGUCUCAAUUGGUUGAGGACUAACCAGUCCAAGUUACGAGUUGGAAAAUAUAAUCAGUUGAAUGAGCAAACUAACGGGGCUCAGGCGAACACAGCACCAAAGCGAGGAAAAAGGGUAGUUUUGCCAUCUACUUUUGUUGGGAGCAAGCGUUACAUGGACCAACUAUAUUUUGAUGGUAUGGCCAUUUCAAGUAAGUUGGGCUUCCCAGAUUUGUUUGUAACGUUUACUUGCAAUCCUGCUUGGCCUGAAAUAGAACGUGCAUUAUCUGGCACUAAUUUAAAGCCACAUGAUAGACCUGAUCUCAUAACCAAAGUAUUCAAAAUCAAAUUUGAUGAUCUCAUGACUGAUAUAACAAAACGGCACGUGCUCGGGAAGGUUAUUGCAUUUAUGUACACUAUUGAAUUUCAAAAACGAGGAUUGCCGCAUGCUCAUAUAUUAGUCUUCCUACACCCUCAAAGCAAAUAUCCGACACCAGCCGAUAUAGAUAAAAUCAUUUGUGCUGAAAUUCCAGACCCCACUUUACAUCCAACACUAUAUAAAUUGGUCUCCGCACACAUGAUGCACGGUCCGUGCGGUCCAUCGAGGAUGACUUCACGCUGCAUGAAAAAUAGAAAAUGCACAAAAUUCUUCCCCAAGCCCUUCCAAGAAGAUACUGUUGUUGAUGCGGAUGGCUAUCCCCUCUAUAGGAGGCGAUCAAAUACCCAUGUUAUCCAGAAAAAUGGUGUAUCUUUGGAUAAUCGACAUGUUGUACCUUACAAUACAAGAUUCCUCCUGAAAUACCAUGCACAUAGUAACAUGGAGUGGUGUAACCAAAGUACAUCAAUCAAAUAUCUAUUCAAGUAUAUCCACAAGGGGUUUGAUAGAAUCGGAGCUACAAUUUCAACUUCUGGUAACGGCUCAGGAAACGACACAGAGCCUGUUGAUGAGAUCAAACAGUAUCUGGAUUGUAGAUAUGUGUCCCCGAGUGAGGUGUGUUGGAGAAUUUAUUCCUACAACAUUCAUGGCAGGAAACCGGCGGUCGAACGUAUGUAUUAUCAUUUAGUAGGUGAGCAGGCUGUUUACUACCCCGAUCAUGCAAGAAUGGAAAAUAUCUUGGAAAAAGCAAGUGUAACGGAGUCUAUGUUCACUGCUUGGUUUGUUGCUAAUGGGAAAUACGAGGAGGCACGGUCACUUACAUAUGGUCAGUUUGUGUCAAAAUUUGUUUAUGACAAAAAAACCAGAACAUGGAAACCGCGGAAAAAGGGGUUCACCAUUGGUCGUUUGAUCUGGGUUCCACCAACCACUGGAGAGUUGUUUUACUUACGACUGAUGUUGACCGUAGUGAAGGGACCGCUAACUUACGAAGAAAUUCGCAAAGUAGGUGACACACAGUUUGAUACUUUUAGGGAUGCAUGCUUUGCAAUGGGAUUCCUAGAAGAUGACCGAGAAUACAUUGGGGCAAUACGGGAGGCGAGUGAAUGGGGGUCUGGCCAUUUCCUCCGCAAACUUUUUGUAGUGAUGCUUUUAUCCUCGGCUGUUAAUAGGCCUGCUCAUGUUUGGAACGAGACGUGGGAUCUACUAUCUGAAGGUCUGCUGCAUCAGCAAAGACAGUUGGCUCACAAUAAAGAUUUGGUGCUCACUGAAGAUCAGUUAAAGAAUUUGACUUUGACGGAAAUCGAGAAACUUCUGCAGGCAAAUCGAAGAAGCCUCAGCGACUUUAAACCAAUUCCAUAUCCUGAUGGAUACGUUCUACAACAAUUAGGGAACAGGUUGGUUUAUGAUGAACGGAGUUACGAUGUGCCUACAAUGAGAACCCAAUUCACGUCGCUUUUCAACGCUCUGACAGAUGAGCAAAGGUCAAUUUUUGAUAAAAUUAUGGCGUCUGUUAACGCGCAAAAGGGUGGUGUCUUUUUCCUACAUGGUUAUGGUGGAACCGGUAAGACUUACAUGUGGCGAACACUUGCAAGUGCAUUGAGGUCCAAACAUGAUAUUUGUCUUACCGUUGCAACAAGUGGAAUAGCUUCUUUGUUGUUGCCCGGUGGUAGAACUGCCCAUUCUAAAUUCAAGAUACCUGUUCCAACAAUGGACAAUUCAACAUGCAAUAUUGAAUAUAAUGAUGACGUCGCAGACCUUCUAAGGCAGACAAAGCUUAUUAUUUGGGAUGAAGCACCGAUGGCACACAAACAUGCUUUUGAGGCACUGGAUCGAACAUUGAAGGAUGUCAUGUCUACAUACAGUAAUUCAAAGGAGAUCUUUGGCGGUAAGGUAGUUGUUUUUGGUGGUGAUUUUAGACAGAUUUUGCCCGUUGUACCUAGAGGGAGUCGUUCGGAUAUUGUACAUUCUGCUAUAAAUGCUUCUUACAUAUGGCGGAAUGUUGAAGUCUUAACUUUAACGCAUAACAUGCGACUUCAAUCCGGCCCAGAUGAAGCAGGAAAAAAGGAAAUUGCCGACUUCUCAAAAUGGCUGUUGCAAAUUGGUGAAGGCAAACUUUCCGAGCCAAAUGAUGGAUUUGCGGAUAUUCAACUGCCAAAAGAACUUUUGAUCACGGAUUACACAGACCCAAUUGUUGCUAUCGUAAAUAGUACUUAUCCUGAUUUUAUCGAAAACUACCAAUCUAACGACUACUUAAAGAGUAAGGCGAUACUUGCUUCUACAUUGGAAGUUGUUGAUCAAAUCAACAAUCACGUCCUUGAUCUGAUGCCAGGGGAAACCAAGGAUUACUACAGCUCAAAUACCGUCGAUAGGUCAGAAAUUCAUGACACCAAUGUAGUCGAUAUACUCACACCGGAGUUUCUCAGUUCAUUAACCACUUCGGGUUUGCCUAACCAUCUCAUUAGGUUGAAGGUAGGAACACCUGUUAUGCUUAUGCGUAACAUAGACCAGUCUGAGGGUUUGUGUAACGGAACUAGGGUAAUGAUAACUAGGAUGGCAAACCAUGUCAUAGAGGCUAAAAUAAUGGCGGCGAUUUGCAGCCUAACUGGGGAUAAUGCUUUUAUACAUCAGAUCACUGCAAGGAAAAACAUGCAGUAG